CUUUCCCAGAGCUGGACAGACGAGGGCCACCCUGUGUUCUUACCCCAAGCUGCAUGGAGAGUCUGCAUGCUGCUGAGUAACCUACACAUCUCAGCUUAUGGAAAUGAUGGUGGGCCCUUAUGUCUUGUGGCUGGCCUUGGCCUCCUGCAUUCUGACUCUGGCAUCUACAGAACAGCAAGGUGACAGAUACUUCACCAACAGUAGUUCCUAUGACCCCUGCCAGAAUUACACCCGCCUGGACGAACCCUCCCGAAGCACAGAGAACACGAGAGAAAGCCGGGUGUGUGACAGGGACAAGCAUGGCUGGUACCGCUUUGUGGGAGAUGGAGGAGUAAGGAUGCCAGAGACCUGUGUCCCAAUGCACCGCUGCCAGACAGAUGCUCCUAUGUGGCUGAAUGGGACCCACCCCACGCUUGGGGAGGGCAUUGUCACCCGCACCGCCUGUGCCCACUGGAGCGGCAACUGCUGUCUCUGGAAGACCCAGGUGCUGGUGAAGGCCUGCCCGGGCGAGUUCCACGUAUACCAGCUGGAGGGCACCCCCAAGUGUAAUGUGAGAUACUGCACAGACCCCUCCACUGCAAAGGCCAAGUGUGAGAAGGCCUGCCGCCCGGAGGAGGAGUGCCGCUUUCUCAACGGCACAUGGGACUGUUUGUGCAGACAGGACCUCAACAGCUCUGAUGUUCACGGUUUGCAGCCUCAGCUGGACUGUGGGGCCAAGGAGAUCAAGGUGUCACUGGACAAGUGUCUGCUGGGAGGCCUAGGUUUUGGGGAUAAGGUCAUUACCUACCUGCGUGACGGGAACUGCAGCAGUACCAUGCAAAGACAGGACAGAAACUGGAUGUCUGUGACCAGCCCUACCCAGGCUAGGGCCUGCGGAAACAUCCUGGAGAGAAAUGGAACCCAUGCCAUCUACAAAAACACCCUCUCCUUGGUCAAUGCUUUCAUCAUCAGAGACACCAUCCUCAACAUCAAUUUCCAGUGUGCCUACCCACUGGACAUGAAAGUCAGCCUCCAAACUGCCCUGAAUCCCAUUGUAAGUUCUCUGAACGUCAGUGUGGACGGGGCAGGAGAGUUCACUGUCAGGAUGGCCCUGUUCCAAGACCCGAACUACACAUCUCCUUACGAAGGGGCUGCAGUUGUGCUGGCUGUUGAAUCUAUGCUCUAUGUGGGUGCCAUCUUGGAGAGAGGGGACACCUCCCGGUUUAACCUGUUGUUGAGGAACUGCUAUGCCACACCCACUGAAGACAAGAAUGACCCUGUAAAAUAUUUCAUUAUCAGAAACAGCUGUCCAAAUCAACGUGAUUCCACCAUCCAUGUGGAGGAGAAUGGGGUGUCCUCAGAAAGUCGGUUCUCAGUUCAGAUGUUCAUGUUUGCUGGAAAUUAUGACCUAGUUUUUCUGCAUUGUGAGAUACAUCUCUGCGAUUCCCUUAAUGAACAGUGCCAGCCGUCUUGCUCAAGAAGUCACCUCCGUAGCAAAGUAGUGGCUAUUAACCCAGCCCAGGUUCUAGAUUUGGGACCCAUCACUCGGAAAGGUGCUCCAUCUCUUGGUGUCACGAAUGGAACCCCCAGCACUGCAGGGUUCCUGGUGGCCUGGCCCAUGCUUCUCCUGCCUGUCCUUCUGGCUGGGCUGUUCUGAGACCUCAGCUGGGCAUGUGGCCUUAAAGCUCGUGUUCCUCCCUCUGGCGAUGGCUUCCGGUUACCUUUUGGCUACGCUGGUUCUCUCUCUGAAUCACAUAGACAGUCUUGGUGUUCACACACUCCAGACAGGCUAGGUUUUGGGAGACAGAAGAGUUUUUCCUUGUUCAACACUCUCUGUGCCUUUAUAUUCCUCUUUUUCUCACAGUGGGGGCUCUGUUGGCCUGACCUGGCCUGACUUCCUCAUUUAUUAGCAGGAUCUCAAGGCCAGACUUGCUACAUGCCUCUGUGGCUCCAGCCUUUACUAGAAAUGUAGCAUGUCUAUAACUCCAGGGAAGAUGGGCUGUGUCACUGGGGGGAAGAGGAGGGGGAUGGGUUUGUAAAGAAGGCACUUCCCCACAGUUCCUUCCCAAGUACCCCUUGUUCUUACUGCUGAUGAAUUGAACAGACUGAUCCUUGCUUUCA